ACUUUAACGCGUGUACUUAAAAGACGAGCACCGCCAUUCACCAGCGCGCAAACACGACCGCAGCAACACAUAUGAGCCGCAGGUAAGUUCGCUGCUGCUGCGGGUGGGGGGGCUCGGAACACAGGAAGUGGACCAUGGCGGCGGCCAUGAGCACAUCCACGGCCACGCUUCAGAUGAAGCACCCCAGCGUUGAGCAGACGCGGAAACGCAUAGACCCGAGGAGGAGGCAAGCGGCGCUGGAUUUCCUCAGCAACAUUUCCCUGGACGGCCGACCCGUGCAGGACACUGCGGAGACUCAGAGCCAGGAGGGGGGCUCGCCGCUGGAGGCACGGACUAGACAGCCGAGCUUGGUCUCCCCGGAGCGCCUGGUGGGGCUCGGCGCUGCUGGCACCCCCGAGACUGCCGCUGCUGCUGCAGCCGCCGCUACUGCCGCUGCUGCGGCGGCGGCUGCGACCACAGCCACCCAGGCGCUCGCCCUGGCGAACCAGGCUCGCCUCGCCAGCAGCCUGGGCAGUGUCGGGACGGGUCCCGUCGCUUCCCCGGCGGGCGCGGAUUCGGACGGCGACGCCUUCACGCCCUCGACGUUCAACUCGCCUUUCUCCGCGCUCCCUGCCUCGGCCAGGGGGAGGCUGCAGACCUACACUCAGGGAAUCCUACCUGCCCAAUACUCCAGGCAGUUCUCCCCGAGCUUCAGCCUGGAGGGCGGCCAGACUGAGCAGCAGAGGUCAAGGCGAAGACUCAUCUCUCAGCGCUCUUCGCUUGAAACUUUAGAGGACAUUGAAGAAAACGCUCCUCUACGCAGAUGUCGAACCCUAUCGGGUUCACCCCGACCAAAGAGCUUUAAGAAGAUCCAUUUUGUAAAUAACAUGAAGCAGCAUGAUAUGCGCAAUGGAAGGAUAGUCCUUAUCAGUGGCAGAAGAUCCUUCUAUAGUGUAUUUUCUGUCCUGCCAUAUCGAGAUUGUAGCCAAGCAGGGGAUGUAAAGRCAGAAGGACGUCAGCGACACCCAUCAGGAGGUGUAAGUGCCAAGGAGAUGGUGAUUGGGCUGGAAGGAGUGGAGCUGGGAGCAGAUGGAAAGACCGUGUCCUACACCCAGUUCCUSUAUCCCACCAAUGUGUUGGGAGGUCGAAGGAACACGAUCGACUCCACCUCGUCCUUCUCUCAGUCUAGAAACGCGAGCCACCGCAGCCUCAGUUUGGGCAGAGCCAACAGCAACCAGAGCAGCUUAGACACAGGGAAUGACUUUGCGGAGUUUCGGGAGUACGACCCCAACCUGCUGGAGGAUCCGCAGUGGCCUUGUGGAAAACACAAACGGGUUCUCAUCUUCCCCUCGUACAUGACCACGGUCAUUGAAUACGUCAAACCUUUCGACCUGAAGAAGGACAUGAACGAGACUUUCAAAGAGAAAUUCCCUCACAUUAGGCUCACGCUCAGCAAAAUCAGAAGCUUGAAAAGGGAGAUAAGAAAACUGGCUCACGACGAGUGUGGCUUUGAGGAACCCACCGUGGCCAUGGCUUUUGUCUACUUCGAAAAGCUCGUUCUUCACGGCAAACUGAACAAACAGAACCGUAAACUCUGCGCCGGAGCGUGUGUUCUUCUGGCAGCGAAGAUCGGCGGCGACCUYAAGAAACAAGAAGUCAAGCUUCUGAUUGAUAAACUGGAGGAAAGGUUCAGAGUGAACCGCAGGGAGCUGAUCGCGUUCGAGUUCCCCGUCCUGGUAGCCCUGGAGUUCAACCUGCACCUGCCGGAGCAYGAGAUCAUGCCCCACUACAGACGCCUCGUGCAGACCUCUUAGCGUUGGUGGUCCAUCAGGAGGGAGGACUCCAGGGUUCUCCUCCUGAUCCUCUGAAUCCAGCAGCAUCCAUCCGUCAGCUUCACUCUGUCUGUGCUGGCUGAGUUCAUCACUACACAAAACACCCUCCUUUUCUCYGAGAACUACAAUUUGCCAAAAAGACACUUUUUUUGAGGGGGGUUCUAGAAACAUUCCUGCUGUUUUUUUUAAUUUUUUAAUUUCUAAAGCCACAAUUCUAAGGAAUGGUGGGGGGUUGUGUAAAAUGUAUAAAAAAAUCAGAUUGAACUGAUUUGCAAAUUUCCUAAAACUAUAUUUUCUUCGCAAUGGAACAUGGUAAACAAUUAAAUGUUUAAACUAAAAGAAAAUGUUUUUUUAAUAAAUAGUCUUGUUGAUGGCAGCAACAUGUAUAAAAAGACACUGGGACAGGGUCAUGUUUACCACUGUGAAGUACCUGCUCUUCUUUAACAGAAGACUAAACGUGUAGGACCUGAGAAGACCAGUUCCAGUUCAUUACAUUGCCUCUAACUGCUUACUAAAUCUGUGUGUGUUGUGGGAAGAAUGAUCUUCCUGGUCAAAUAAAAUAAAAGUUGAAUCUAUAAAGAAUUAAAAAACCCUGAGAGGUCUGGACUGCUGGGAAGUCAGUAGCACUGGGACUCUUGUGAAAUGAAGCCAUACUGUUAUGAAAACUGUAAGCAGUAUGUCUUGCUGAAUUGUGCAAGGCUUUCCUUGACAGCUGUCUGAAUUGGAUUGCCUUUUUUUUUUAAACCUAAAAAUACAUAUCUGCUUUGAUCGGGCCUUUCCCGAUUUUUAAUCUGUUCAUGCCAGAGGCACUAAUGCACCCCCAUACCAUCAGAGAGGCAGGCAUCGUGCUUCUCUUUAAUGCAGAGGAUGCUGCAUCUAUAUUUUGCAAAAGAAUUUCCACAUUUUAAAUUUCACUUAUUUUAAUAUUUAUUAUUUUUACAGCCGUUUGUUGCUCCUGUACCAAAUGUUUUGAAAUGUUCUGCUGCCAUGUUUUCCAGCAAAUUGUAUGCCCUUUUUUUAGUUUAUACAUUUUAAUGUUUAUGUUCCAUUGUGGAUAAAAGAAUGGGUUUGUGGAAUUUUGAAAAUUAUUGCAUUUUGUUUUCAUUUUACACACCAUCCCAACUCCUUUGGGUUUGGGGUUGAACAUUUCUCAUUACUACAUGGAAGUGCGAGGGUUCAACAUAUCCAUCUCUUCAUCACUUUGUAUAUUUUCUCUUGUUGAUUAAGAGAGCUGUUUUGUUUGAUUAUGAUAGUGACUUUGUUCUCUCUUAUUUCUUUUUUUAAAUAUGUCUUGAAAAAAAUCUUSUAAACUUUGAUUGGUUUACCUCUUGACCUGCAUCGACUUUAAACAAAAGCCUUUCAAACUGCUGGAUUUUGGCUGAACUGUUUGUCCUCAGAGGGACUCGUCAUUUUUGCAAACCUUUAAAAGUGCUCUUUCUGCAUACAGCAGGACGUGCAGCAGAAGGAGGGGGUGGAGUUAUCUUUUAAUUAACCUUGGAAAAAAUCAACAAAAUAAGCUUUGUUCACAAUUACAGUACACAACAUUUUAAAAGGACCUGUUAAGAUGUUUUGUUUUUCUUAAAACACUUUUCUAGCAACAAAUAUCAGCAUGAAAAGGUCUGAAUGUUUAUAUGCGGUUACUUGCAAAAAAAAACCUAAAACAUUUGAUACCACUGCUUGCUGUGGACUCCCUGGGGCCAGACCAACUUCUCAGUGUUGAAUUUCCCGUACUCUAUGUUAGAGUGUAUCGCUAGCACGUUUACUGUGCUUUAUGGUGGGAGUUGUUCAUGGGCGGGGGUGCCAUUAACAAGUGACUUUAACCAGAUCUGGCAGUAUUUCUAGAGCCAUAGUGUUGAGAGGAAAUAAUGGUGGCCUGCUGAAGUGUCCUUGCACUGAACACCAGGUUCCUACGAGGCGUUUCCUCUUUAGCUGAUGCAGACUGAGGACCUCUGUGAGGAAGAGUCCCAACAGGGCUCAUAGACCCGUUUAAUAUGUUGAUUUGAAAUCCUUAAUUUAAAAACCCGAAAUAACCGUUUUAAAAGAACUUUUCUGGGCUUGAUUUUACAACUUUUUCAAGCCUUUUAAUCGUCUCGAGUAGUGAGGUCAAAGCAUCCCAGAGGUCUGCUGUUUGCUGCUGCUGAUGGCAUUUGAGCUGAAAUGAUCACACAAGUAUUUGUCAUCUAAACGGUGUGGAUUGUAUUAAUUUAAGAUGGAGGUGGGGAAGAAAGCUUUCUUUUCUCUGUUUUCAAGCCCAAAGAUUUUUGCUGUAAGAUGCACUCUUAAGUACUCUGUGAGUAAAGGCUCAUGGGUGAAAUAACCUGUGUAUGUUGUAAAUAAAAAUUGCUCUGCUUGUUCAAACUGAA